AUGGCACCGACUUCAAUCAAGACUAGUCUCCUCCUCAUCGCUCAGCUGAAGCUGGCCUUGGAUUUGGCCUUGGCCCCCCGUGCGGGUUUGACCUUAGCGACCUUUGAGUCCCUCAACUCAACUGCUGCCUGCCCGAUUUUCGUGGUUGGUCAGAGCUAUUGCGUGGUUAGCACGGUUACAGCCGCGACCACGACUACGAGCUCUACGAGCUCUACGUCUUCCACCACCUCUACGACCUCCACUUCGUCGUCCUCCACCUCCACCAAGUUCCUCGCCUGGAACCCCUCCAUCAACUCCAGGUAG